AUGUCGGCUCCCGAAGAUGUUGUCAAGCUCUCGCAGCUCACCAACAUCACUCCCGACACCAUCUUUUCGGUUCUUCGCGAUAGGUUCUACGCCGGCUUGCCCUACACCUCCCUCUCGGACUCCAUCCUCGUCUCGGUCAACCCGUACGCCUCGUCCGGCAACCGCAACAGCGAUGACACCCUGCGCGAAUACACACGAGACUAUCGCGAAACAAACAAGCAGCUUCGCGCCGCAGCCUUGCCGCCACACAUCUUUGCGCACGCCUGCAAUGCCUACUUCUACAUGCGACGCACUGGUCAGGACCAGAGCUUGCUCAUGGCCGGAGACACCUCAAGCGGAAAGAGCGAGGUCCGUCGACUCGCCCUCCGCGCUCUCAUCGACCUCAGCGUAGCGCCACCAGGCAAGAAGGGCUUCAAGCUCGGAGUCCAGAUCCCCUCGGCAGAAUACAUCCUCGAAGCUCUCGGCAACUCGCGCACCCUCGACAACAGCAACGCUUCUCGCUUUGGCAAGUACACCGAACUCCAGUUCUCCGACUCGGGCAAACUCGUCGGUGCCAAGACGCUCGACUACUACCUCGAAAAGAACCGCGUCGUCAGCGCCGCUUCCAGCGAAAGCAACUUUCACAUCUUCCACUACAUGGUCGCCGGUGCUUCGAACGAGGAGAAGGAAUACCUCGGCAUCCACGACGCCGCCUCCUUCCGCUACCUCGGCCAGGCCUCGCGCAACAGAGACGCUCAAGAUGCUGCCAAGUUCGACAGGCUCAAGCUCGCCUUCAAGAACGUCGGCUUCUCCAAACGUCACGUCGCCUCCAUCUGCCAGGUGCUCGCCGCCAUCCUCCACCUCGGCAACAUCGAGUUCCACUACGACCGUCAACGCACCCAGGACUCUGCCACCAUCCGCAACCCGGAGGUGCUCGACAAGGUCGCCGAAUACCUCGGAAUCUCCUCCAAGUCGCUCGAAGAGGCGCUCACCUACAAGACAAAGAUGAUCCGCAACGAGGUCUGCACCAUCCUCCUCGACGCCGACGGCGCAUCCGACCACCGUGACGACCUCGCCAAAUCGCUCUACUCGCUCCUCUUCGCUUGGGUCAACGAGAGCCUCAACGAGAGGCUCUGCCGCGACGACUUUGACACCUUCAUCGGCCUCCUCGACCUUCCCGGCUUCCAGAACCUCUCCAAGGGCAACUCGCUCGACCAGUUCUGCGUGAACUUCGCCUGCGAGAACCUGCACCGCUUCAUGCUCCGCAGCGUCUUCGAGAAGCGACGCGACGAGUUUACCGACGAGGGCAUCACCCACCUGUCGCCCGAGAUCCCCUACUUUGACAACGCAGAAACUCUGCGUCUCAUGACCAACCAGCCCGGUGGCUUGAUCCACAUCAUGGACGACCAGGCUCGUAGGAUGCCCAAGAAGAGCGACCAGACCAUGAUCGAAGCAUUCGGCAAGCGAUGGGGCAAUCAUCCCUCCUUCAAGGUCGGUCCUGCCGACCGCAGCGGCUUUUCGAGCUUCACCAUCAGCCACUACAACAGCGCCGUCACCUACACGAGCGAGAACCUGCUCGAGAAGAACAGCGAGGUGGUCAGCACCGACUUUGUCUCGCUCCUCCGCGGCAGCCAGCAGGAGUCGGGCAAGCUCGCCAACGACCCCACUCAGUCUUCCGGCUCCACCAUCCCCUUCAUCCGCGGCAUCUUCAACACCAAAGUGCUCAAAACUCAGUCGCAUCCCAAGAAUGACCAGACCAUCGUCGCAGCUCAGCAGUCGGUCAGGCCCAUGCGUGCGCCCUCAACACGUCGACCUAAUCGUGGCAACACGGUCAAGCGCAGCAACACGGUCAAGAAGGGUGACGACGACGACUCGGAGGACGAUGCUGCCGACGCUUCCACCAACGCCAAGAAGAACGCCGUCCGAUGCGUCGCUGGCGACUUCCGUGGAGCACUCGACCUCCUUUUGGAGACGCUCGAGGAGACAAAGACCUGGUUCACGCUCUGCAUUCGUCCCAACGACAACCAGCUUCCCAACCAGUUCGAGGCUCGCGUCGUCAAACAGCAGAUCACCACGCUCGGCUUGUCCGAGAUGUCGCGCAAGCUGCUUCACGAGUACAGCGUCAGCAUGACCUACGAGGAGUUCUGCCAGCGAUACGCCGACGUUCCCUCGCUUCAGGCCGUCCAGAUGCGCGACGCCGUCUCGGGAUUGGCCAAGCAGAAGUUCUCGGCAGCGCGCGAGGUCAUGUCUUGGUCCGACGAAGAGGCCGCUUCCGGUCGUGUCAAGGUCUUCCUCUCGCACACCGCUUUCCGCGAGCUGGAAGACGAGCUCCGCGCUGCUGAUGCAGACGAAGUCAAGAACAACGAGAAGCGAGCGCAGCUCGAUGCCGACGCAGCCGCGCGCGGCGAAUCCGAUCCCUUCUCCCCGGUCGCCGUGCUGGCCGAUGACUAUACCCGCAGCCGCAGCAAUGACUUUGUGGGCGCCUACGGCGACCCGUUCAAGGAGCGCUCGUCGGUUGCUCUGCCGCUCGUCGGCCAUGGCGCCGCCGGCCACGACGACGAACUCGAAGAGGUCAAGAGCCAGUACUCGGGUGUAUCUGGAACUUUGCCUAGAGCCAGCUUCGGCGGUCGACUCAGCGGCGCCCCUUCGUUCAUCGGAUCCGAGGCGUACGCUCCUUCUCGCAACAUGUUUGCCGACAUGGGCAAGAAUGGCCUCAACGAAAAGGCCGGCACCGCUGCCUUCACCGAGGAGCCACCGGGCGAAGUUGCUGAAGAGGUCGGCGUCACUUCGACUCGUCGAAAGUGGGUCGCAUUCACUUGGGCGCUCACCUUCUUCAUCCCGAGCUUCGUCCUCCGCCGCUUCCGAUCUUUGAAGCGACCCGACAUUCGCAUGGCGUGGCGCGAAAAGCUCGCCAUCAACUUCAUCAUCUGGUUCAUCUGCGGCUGCGCCGUGUUCGUCAUUGUCGUCCUUGGCAACCUUAUCUGCCCCAAGCAGCACGUCUACAGUCCUACCGAAUUCGCCACUCACAAGGGAGACUCGUCGUUCACUUCGAUCCGCGGUGAAGUGUUCGACCUCAGCAGCCUCGUCAGGAGUCACAAGACUGCCGUCCCUGUCGUCCCUGCCAAUUCGAUCCUUGCUUAUUCCGGAGAGGAUGCAACCCCGAUCUUCCCCGUACAGGUCAACGCGCUCUGCAACGGUGUCGAUGGCAACGUCAGUCCGUGGGUCCAAAUGUCCAAUGAGAACUCGACCGACAAGAACGCUCAGUACCACGACUUCCGAUCCUACCACGUCGACGACCCUCGACCCGAUUGGUACUACGAGACCAUGUGGCUGCUCCGCUCCAAUUACCGUGUCGGAUUCAUGGGCUACACUGGCGACGGCAUCCGCGACAUCCUCACUGAGGGACGUGCGGUUGCCAUCUACCGUGGCGACGUGUAUGAGGUGACCGAUUACAUCAAGCAAGGCAACCAGGGCGUGCUCAGGGCCCCCGACGGCUUUCAGGCUCCAGCCAACACCAACCGUAAAUUCAUGAGCGACGCCAUCAUCAGCCUGAUCGCCCAGAAUCCCGGCAAGGACAUCACCAAGCAGUUCGACAACCUGCCUCUCGACCCCGACGUGCUGGACCGUCAACGAGUUUGUCUGCGAAACCUGUUCUUCAUCGGUAAGGUCGACCACCGCAACUCGCCGCAGUGCCGCUUCUCGCAGUACAUCCUCUUGGCCCUGUCGCUCUUCAUGGUUUGCAUCCUCGGUUUCAAGUUCCUUGCUGCUCUCCAGUUUGGACGCGCCCGAAAGCCAGAGGACCACGACAAGUUCGUCAUUUGCCAGGUGCCCUGUUACACGGAAGGCGAAGAGUCGAUGCGCAAGACACUCAACUCGCUCGCUGCGCUCAAGUACGAUGACAAGCGCAAAUUGCUCUUCGUCAUUUGCGAUGGUAUGAUCGUCGGUUCCGGUAACGAUCGUCCCACGCCACGCAUUGUGCUUGACAUUCUCGGUGCCGAUCCCAAUUUGGAGCCCGAGGCGCUCAGCUUCCUCUCGCUUGGUGAAGGCAGCAAGCAGCACAACAUGGCAAAGAUCUACAGCGGUCUCUACGAGCAUCACGGUCACGUCGUUCCUUACAUCGUCGUUGUCAAGUGCGGUAAGCCCUCGGAACGUUCGCGUCCCGGUAACCGUGGUAAGCGUGAUUCGCAGCUGGUCCUCAUGCGUUUCCUCAACAAGGUGCACUUUGGUCUGCCCAUGAACCCGAUGGAGCUCGAGAUCUACCACCAGAUCAAGAACGUCAUUGGUGUCAACCCAAGUUUCUACGAGUACAUCCUGCAAGUCGAUGCCGAUACCGAAGUUGAAGCUUUGUCGCUCAACCGCUUCAUCUCGGCGUUCAUCCGCGACAAGAAGGUGAUCGGUCUCUGCGGUGAGACGGCGCUCUCCAACGCCAAGGCGAGCAUCAUCACCAUGCUUCAGGUCUACGAGUACUAUAUUUCGCACUACCUCGCCAAGGCGUUCGAGAGUCUGUUCGGCUCCGUCACCUGUUUGCCCGGUUGUUUCUCCAUGUUCCGUAUCCGCACCCCGGACACGCACCGGCCCUUGUUCAUCGCUUCGCAGAUCGUGGAAGACUACGCCGAGAACCGCGUCGACACGCUGCACACCAAGAACCUGCUUCAUCUCGGUGAGGAUCGAUACCUGACGACCCUGGUGCUCAAGCACUUUGGCAAGUACAAGACCAUCUUUGUCCGCGACUGCAAGGCCUGGACCGUUGCUCCCGACGACUGGAAGGUGCUGCUCUCGCAACGACGACGAUGGAUCAACUCGACCGUCCACAAUCUGGUCGAGCUCAUCUUUACGCCUGGUCUUUGCGGUUUCUGUCUCUUCUCGAUGCGCUUCAUUGUGUUUAUCGAUCUGCUGUCGACCAUCAUCGCACCUGUCACGGUGGCCUACAUUGUCUACUUGAUCGUACUGGUGGCUACGGCAAACGGCACGGUUCCAUUGACGGCCAUCAUCAUGCUGGCCGCGAUCUACGGUUGUCAGGCUGUCAUCUUCUUGCUCAACCGCAAGUUCGAGAUGAUCGGCUGGAUGAUCGUCUACAUCAUCGGCAUUCCGAUCUGGUCGCUCUUCCUGCCGCUCUACUCUUUCUGGCACAUGGACGACUUCUCGUGGGGAACCACGCGUGUUGUCAUGGGCGAAAAGGGUCAGAAGGUGGUGGUGCACGAAGAAGGUACCUUUGACCCGAGCGAGAUCCCGCUGCAGACGUGGACCGACUACGAGAAUGAGCUCUGGGAGCGCAACUCGGCGCGAUCGAUCGGAUCGAUCAUCGAAGCGGCGCGCGCGGAGAACAAGUCGCUCGGAUCGCGUGCCGGAUCGCAAUAUGCGCCGAGCUUGUACGGACAGCCUGUGCUGCCCCACAAUGCAAGCUUCGGACACAGCCCUUCGCCUUCGUACGGUGGCACCCCCUCGCAGUUUGGUGUCUAUCCUGCUGGGCCUGGCUCGCAGAUGGGUGGUGGAUCGCAGAUCGGCGCUGGCGGCUACUUCCCUCAGGACGCUGCUCGCCAAUCGACGUACAGCCUUGGCGGUGGGUACGGUGGACAAGCCAUGUCCAUGUACGGUCUGCCUGCCAGCUCGAGCUACGUCAUGCCGACUGGUGGCAGCGGAUUCAUGCCUCAGCCGUUCAACACGACGGCAAGCAUGUACGGCUAUCCUCAACCGGUGGCAGCUACCCAGUCGAUCUACGGUGGUUCGCAGCUCGGUUUCGGUGCAGGAGGCUAUGGCGGUGCUGUUGCUGUUGCUGAACAGCAGCAGCAGGGCGCUCGCACGUCGAUCAGCCCGGACAACCCUCAACCCAGCGGCAUGCUUCCGUCGGACAGCCAGAUCAAGCUCGACAUUCGAACGUUGAUCGCCGAAUCCGACCUGACGACGAUCACCAAGAAGCAGCUGCGUGCCAAGCUGGAAGCCAAGUACGCUACCUCGAUCGACUCCAAGAAGACGUUUAUCAAUGGCGAGAUUGAAAAUGUUCUUUCCGAGUCGUAA